UAUGUGUGUAUAGCGAUGGAGGCGAUGGAGCAGCUGCUUCUGGCCUGUCACUGUCAGAGCAUCAACCUGCUGGUGGAGAGUUUCCUCAGUACGCUGCGUCUGCUGCUGGAGGCCGACAAACCUCACCUCCACAUCCUCGCCACCAACUCUUUUGUGAAGUUUGCAAACAUCGAGGAGGACACGCCGUCGUACCAUCGCAGCUACGACUUCUUCGUGUCUCGCUUCAGUGAGAUGUGUCACUCUGAACACGAAGACCUCGACAUCCAAAACAAGUCUGUCUGUCUGUCUUUGCAGUAUCAGUAUCAGUAG